GCUGACGCAGGGAUGCACCGCCAGUUAACACGGUCACCCUUUCAACUGUAGCACCAAACUGAUUUGGGAUUGUUGAUUGACUAUUUAUACGACUUUUACGCUCCAUAUUGUCAGAUAUUUUCGAAAUAAAUGACACAUGCGUUACAGUCAUUUUAAUAACGUCGGCCUUAAAGUGUCGAUUCACACAGAGAGGACAGUGAUGGCCAGACUGGGAGAAGAGGUUCAACUCAGCUGUCAGCUGCUGACGCCCUCUGAUGUUUUCCAAGUUUCCUGGUGUAAAGUUUUACCUGAUGGAGAGAAGAUGGUUGCAGCUGACAACAAGUACUUUGGCCAAAUAGUGGAGCGUGAAUUCAGCAGUAGAGUUGAGUUUAAAGAUGCCAGCCUGCAGGACAGCUCCAUAGUCAUCAGGGAGUUGACAGAGGAGGAUGAGGGCUGCUAUCAGUGCUUGUUUAACACCUAUCCUGAUGGGGUGUUAAAUGAAACAACCUGCCUUAAACUGUAUGAGCUGCAUGGGCCUUUUCUCCAUGUCAGAGAAUCAGUCUUCCCUAAGGAGGUGUAUAUUUCCUGCUCGGCUACAGGACAACCUGGCCUCACAGUAACGAUAAGAGCCUUUCAUCACAAAGUCCACAAACUUUCUACACACAGUCAAGACAACAAGAAUGAUACAGUCACUGUCAGCUCUACAGUCGUGCUACCUCACAGCUAUGACAUCAACAUAGAAGUUGAAUGUGCCGUUGAGAUGCCCUUUGGUGCAACGAAAAAGGCCUUUGUGACGAUUCAUAAGUUAGAGAGGCCACCAGCUGCUAAGAGUUUUGAUGAAAAAUGUGUGGCCCAGAAUGAUGUUUACCGCCAAACUUUGAUAAACGUGUUGUUUGUGAUGGCUGCCUGCGUUUUGACUGCUACACUCAUCUGGUCCUGUCUUCAAUAUGAAAAUCAGAGCAGGAGAUGGCGGAAAUAUGAGUGAGGUGAAAGUCUUUGGUUAUGGGGAACUUUGCUGGUCAGACCCCGGAUAUCUUCUGUGAAGAGUCAGUAAAGUAUUAAGUGUGUUAUUAUGUGAAAAGAUGACGGAGAAGCUGCUCUAACAGUGCUGUACAUCAGAAGCUCUCUAAAAACCUAAAUCAGAGAAGUCAUUUAGAAACUAUUGGGAAAAAUCUCCUGUAGUUCUGUGCAUUCAUUUUAAAUGUUUCAUGUUUUCAACACAUAUGUCAACAUUUUUUUUAACUUCCAUGACAACAGGUGUGUAACACAGCUGUAUAUUUGUGAGACAAGUAAGGAAUGAAUGAAGAAUGAAUUUCAAUGUUUUUUAUAUAAAUACUUUUAUUUAGGCACUUUAUAUGAUUACGUUAUUCAUAAAACACUAUGUGAAAAAUGCUAAAUAAUUAUUGGUGUAUUCCCAGUGUAAUGUAUGAUAUAAUCACUGUUUCUCCAGUAUUAACAUUUUAUUUAUAGUGUUUUUUGUGCCCCACAGCAUGAAGCUGGUGCACCCUUUAUUAUUUUGCCCUUGCCCCUCAAACACCCUAAGUGAGCCACUGAUUUACUGUUUAAAUAAUGUUAUUUGUUGUUUGUUUGUUUUUCUGUCUUUUCUGAACAUUUGAAGCAUUCUCAGAGAUAUUUUAGUACCUUCAGGUUGUUGUCAUACUAAGUAUUUUUGUCAGAUAAACUGAAUGGUGCCAUAAUGGAAAUGAUCAUACCACAAAGAAAAAAUUGUUAUGCAGUAUUACUGUUUUUUUUUUUUAAACAAUGUUUAACAGACCUUUGUUAAUGAAA